AUCGGAAGGUAGGAGGUUUUGCGAUUCCAAAGAUUCGACCAUUUUCGACCAGCCUUGCAAAUCACCAAUCGCUCCAUCUUUGCAAAACGCUCACUACACACUAUUCCCUAGCCAUGACGACUGCUCUCGCCGCGUAUCGCCAACUGCUACGCGCAGCCGGAGUUGCCUUCAGGGGAGAUGAACGAGUCCUCACUGCAGCCAGGCAGCAAAUAGCUGGCCAAUUCCGCCAAAACGCAUCACUACCUUCGGACGAGCGCGAAAAGGCUGUCAAGAAAGCCGAGGAGGUUGCAUCUUUCUUGAAACAAAAUGUGGUCCAAGGCAGGAGGACCGAUGAUGGAUCGUACAAGCUACAGAUACACGAGGAGACCGAACGCGGAGACAACGACACCAUAAGGCUGGGAAACAAGAACAUCAAGAUCGACGGCAAGACCUGCAAGGACACCUAGGAAUAGCGUUUUCCGAGAUACAUUCCGGGGCGAGAAGAUCGAUGUGGUUCAGCUUAGAUCUGCGGCACACUGUACAUUAUGAUACUGUCCCAUGAUACCCAUGUAUAAAUGACUGUACAACCAUUGCCUAGUGAUUGAAGGUUGACCUUGUUUGAUUUUUCCCCAUAAUAUUUAGCCCCCUAACGCCAGAUGCCAUGCCGAGUUUGUUUUUGAACAUUUUCGGAAUACUAGAAUGUAAAACAAUAUCUAGUUCCCUGCCAGACUUGCAUAUUGCACGUCUUCGGCCCCGGGAGGAGCAGCCACAGGUGCACCAUCAUCUGCUCCUGCAACACCAGCAUAAUCAUCAUCGCCACCGCCCUCGCCAUGACGACCUCCUCGCCCACCAGCACCCCCUCUUGAGCCUCUGCUGGAAGCCCGAGUGAAGGCGCUCCUGCCAUCCCUCAACAUCUCUAACCUCUCCUCCCUGUUCAUGGUGCCAACCGCCUUGGGCUUACCCCAGUGUACCCUGAGCGGACAUCCUGCAAUGACCGCGCGACCCUUGCACUCCAUGGCCGCAUUCUCGGCCGCUUCACGCGUUUCGUAGUUGACAAACGCGCAGUGUGACAUGUGUGAGCAGACCAAAGACUUGAUCUUCCCAAAAGUCUUGAAAUGAUCGCGGACCUUGUGUUCCGGCAAAUCGUCUUCGACGCCGGUGACGAACAGUGAGGUGACUGUCUUGUCAUCCGGCGGGAGCCAAUCCUUCUCGGUCGGGGGGAGUUGUGCCGCGCUUGGAAAUGCUCCACGUCGCCCUCCUCGGCCGCGCCCACCACGAGAGCCACCACCGCCUCGACCAGUGUACGCUUCAGCCGCACGGGAAUCCCGCGUUCGUAUCGGGCCUGGGCCACCAAUGCCCGCUCCAACAGCCGGGUCACCUCCAGCCCUGCUUGGUCCUCCGCGUCCCGAAACUAGGUUCCCGUCCUCAUCUACACCCCUCCCUUUCCUGAAAUAAGGUUUGCUCUGCGCAAGCCUACGCAGAAGUUCCCGCGCUUUGUCGUCUGUUUUCUCAUACUCCUCAACUCCCGCCUUGCCGUCCUCGAUGGCUUUUUCGUUGUUCUGCGCAAAGAAUUCUCGGUUGAUCUCACUCUGCGGGCCAGGCGCGACCAUCUUGAGCGCGGCGUCUCUGACCACGAUCGGCAGGCCAAAUGAUAAGUCGAGCAUGCAACCUUGGCAGCAGUUCUUCAGGCGCGCGCAUGUGAGGCAGAUGUUGGUGCGCUUCUUGCGGCCGUGAGCGCGGUCGGCCGACCAGCUAAAGACGGUAAAUGGACGCGUGCACAGCUUGCACUCUGCGCCAUAGUCUUCCUUCAUCAUCUUGACAUAUGGGUUCUCCGGUAGACAGGACUCGCAGACGGAAGGGAAAUCGGUCGAUUCCCAACCAGAACGGUUUAGAUCUUGUUUUAUCUGUGGAGGCAUCGUAGCUUGUUUUGUAUUGUUGCGGUCGCUGCAGAUAUCGAUGAGUCUUGUUUCGAUGGCGAAGGCCUUCUGUAGUCCUUGAUGAGGCUGGCAGCUCUGGACGCGAACGCUCGUGGUCGCGACGGAGAAGUUUGGGAAUCGUCUGAUGCGCUUCGCCAAUGGUGGAGACGAUGAACCAAGACUUG